AUGGAUAAAUUAAAAAAAAAAGAAAUCGAAAACGCUACCACUUUACAUAAAACAAAUGAUCAUAAAAACAGAAUUGAAGCUUUAAAAAUUUUUCAAAAAUAUAAAUUAUCUUAUUGGUUAGGAAUCUAUCAUGAAAAUGGAUAUGCUGAUCUUGAAAUUAAUUAUGAAAAAGCCUUAAAAUACUAUCAAAUAGCUUCUUUAAAUGAUAUACACAAUUCAACAAUUAAAUAUGCUCUUCUUUUAUUAAAAACACAUAAAGAAGAUAAAAAUGAUGAAUUUAAUUUAUUGAUAACAACUUUAUUUGAAAAAGCUGCAGAUAAAAGAAAUGCUGAAGGUUGUUAUCAUUAUGGAGACAUUUUAUUAAAUGGAAAAUUUGGAAAUGAAAGUAAUCCUUAUAACGCAUAUCAAUACUUAGAAUACGCAGCAAAUUGUGGUUACGAAAAAGCUCAAGAAAUAAUUAAUAAUAAAAAUAUUUAUAAUUCAAUUAAAAAAUGA